AUGGUGAAGAUUUUUUGUGAGACAUAUUCUCCGGUGGCACGAUCAACUUCUAUUAGACUAUUGGCAGCAUUAUCUGCGGAAAUAGGUUUAGAAAUUCAUCAAAUGGAUGUCGUAACUGCAUAUUUAAAUGGAGAACUUGAAGAAAAAGUCUACAUGAAUCUGCCAGAACAAUUACAUGAGUUAUUAUAUAAAAUUGUGAAUAAGAAACCAUUGGGUACUAUUCAAAAACCGGCUACUGAGAAAAUUAGAGAUACAGCGAAGACCUGGCUGAAAAAUAUUGAGAAAAGCCCAGAUCCCGUAUGUUUAUUGAAGAAAGCACUAUAUGGAUUACGUCAAUCAGGGGCAUUAAUGUAUUUGGCAGUAACUACAAGACCAGAUAUUGCCUAUGCAGUAAAUUAUUUAAGUCAAUUUAAUACGAAUUACGAUACACACACAUUGGAACGCAGCAAAGAGAGUGCGCCUAUCAGUUGGGAAGCGCGAAAACAGAAAAUAGUAGCUCAAUCAACAACGGAAGCUGAAUAUAUAGCUUUGAGUGAGGCAACAAGGGAAGCUAUAUAUUUGAACGAAUUAUUGAAGACUCUAGAUAUAGGAAGUGAAACGGUUACAUAUAUAAUGACAGCCAGAGUGCUAUACAACUUCGAACAGAUGCCAGCAGAUAUGCUUACUAAAGGUUUGACUAGAAAUAAACACGAAGAGUGUCUGAGGAGAAUUGGAAUGGAUGGACUGCAAAUAGUAUAA